GGCCCUCCAUGAGCCGGGGCGCCGCCGCCACCGCCUCCCGCCCCGGCGUCUAUGGAAGUGAUGGACGGGCUCCUCAACCUGGCUCAUCAGCAGAGCAGGAAAGCAGACCGGUCAUUAGCUGCAGGAAAAUACGAAGAGGCCAUUUUGUGUCACCAAAAGGCGGCUGCAUAUCUUUCUGAAGCCAUGAAGCUGACACAGUCUGAGCAGGCUCAGUUAUCACUGGAAUUACAAAGGGAUAGCCACAUGAAACAGCUCUUGCUUAUUCAGGAGAGGUGGAAAAGGGCAAAGAGGGAGGAAAAGUGGAAAGCCCCGCAGACUCCUGAUGGAGCCCCUAAUCUUCUGAUGUCGAGCAGGCCGCUGGUGGAGGAUGGGUCUGAGGGCCCGAGUGUACCCAGGUCUCAGCAGUUCAGUCCCGCCACAGUUCCAGGGGUCCUCGACAGGGACCCAGACACUCUUCUUUUCCUCCUUCAGAAGAGGAAAGACCCAACAGAACCGUGUCCUGGCAGCAAAGUCCCAAAAGAUGACAAAACAACAAUAGAAGAGCAGGCAACCAAGAUCGCUGAUCUGAAGCGACAUGUGGAGUUUCUCAUGGCCGACAAGGAAAGGUUGAGGAGAGAAAACAAGCAACUCUGAGCUGAAAAGGCCAGGCUCCAGAAGACUCCACUCGAAAAGGAAUUGGAUGUAGAUACUGACUUUGUAGAAAAAUCUGAAUUAUGGAGCCUGCCUCCCCCUGCAGAGACUGCUUCAGCCUCUUCUCCCUGGCAGGAAUUUGCAGCCAACACAGGGAAAGCCAAGGACAUUCCCAUCCCCAAUCUGCCUCCAUUGGACUUUCCAUCCCCAGAGCUCCCACUUCUGGAGCUCCCUGAAGAUAUUCUGAAAGGACUUAUGAACAGUUAAAUGGAAGGUCACAAGGGGCUAAAACGGUGGU